AGCAAAGCCGAGAGGAAAGGAAAGGAAGACAAAGAAAGGAAUCUGAGAAAAGAUACGACGCAAUUCAGGAGAUUUAUUUUUUUUUAAAAAGAUGCCAAAAUCUAAGGAGUUUAUUUCCUCCUCAGAAUCAGACUCAGAUGACCAGCCCAAACAGAAAAAGAAGAAGGUAGAAAAGAAAGAGAAAAAAGAAUCUAAAAAAGAAGAAAAAUCAGCAUCUUCAAAAGGUCCAGGAGGGGAACACAUGUUUCAGCUAUCUAGGAUGAGGUAUGCCACAGUCAGUGAGUUUCGAGGCAAUGUCAUGGUAGGAAUAAGAGAAUUCUACGAUGCUGGAGGAGAACUUAAGCCAGGAAAGAAAGGCAUCUCUUUGACAAAAGAUCAGUGGAACAGAUUAAAAGAACAGAUAGAUGAAAUAGAUGAAGCUGUCAAAGAAUUCUCAUAGAGUUAUUUAGUAUGAAUGUCAGGAACUUCUGAAGAUUGUUUUCACAAGACAGAACAAAGCUCACUCAUUUUUUUUUUCAGUUUUGUUGUACCCUGGUAAUUUCUGUUAAAAUAGGGAUUUACUCUUUAUUUUUUUUCUUCUUUUUUUUUAUAGCUAAGUUUUCCAAAACAAAAAUAAAAAACAACAUAAAAAAAGGUUCAUUUAGUAAAACUCAUAUGUUUAUAUUUAGAAUCAUGGAUGUCAUAAACCGAUCAUGUUUUUGAAAUACAGUGUUAUGACUGUAUGAAUACAUGUAUUAUGAUUAAAUAAAGAGAGCUUUAAUAUGCAGGGAAUGUGUACCAAGUGGUACAUAUACAUGCUUAGUGCAUGUUUUAGGGAAGAUAAAUAAUACAUUUUCAUUUUUUUUUUUUGAGAAUUUGUGAAAUUACUGAGUAUUCAAAGCUACAUGUUCCUGUCCUGGAUGUAGCCCUAAAAAAAUGUUGAAAAAUCGGUUGCAAGUGCUGUAUUCAGUAGAUAUUUAAAUGUAAAUGAAAAAAUGUAACCAUUAUUGACCUAUCUCAACACUGUGUCAGUUUAAUUGUCUUUGAAAGAUAAUGUGAACAUAGCAUUUAGAAGAAUGCAUGGAAAUUUUGUUAAAUAAUUGUAAAAUUUUGUUAAAUAGCCAUAGAAGAUUUUUUUGCUUUUGCUGCUACUUUGAAAUGUAACGGUAUUUGUUUAAUACUACGGUAGUAGCUCUAACAAAUUUUUUUGUUUUUGUUUUUGGAGAUUUCAGUUUUUGGUCAUUUAAAAGUUAAAACUGUGUCUAAUAAAUAUAUUGCCAUGAA